AUGUCGGCCCAGCCAGAGAACCAACAGAUGGAGGGCGUCCAGGACCCCGCUACCGACGUCAAGGGCAAGGGCAAGGCCCAGGAGGGCGAGACAGUAGAAGAGUCCAUGGACGACGACUCGAGCGACGAGUCUGGCGUUGAGGACCAGGCCGGCGAACCCGAGGAGCCUGAUGAGGACAACAUGGAGGAGAUUGACACGUCCAACGUCCUGAGCAGCCGCACGCGCGGUAAGAACAUCGACUUUGCCAAGGCCAACCAGGAGCUUGGUGAUGAGGAUGAGGAGGACGAUGACGACGACUUUGUCGACCCUGACGACCAGAUGAAGGACUAG